GUAUAGCUCCCAUAAGACCAUAAAAAUCUACAUUCUUCCUUAUCUCCAUAUUCCCAUAUGCUCAUACUAUUCUUUCUGAAAAUACCAACAUAAUAAUGCUCUGUUUUUAUUCUCUGGUGACUGGUAUCUUUUUUAUUUAAAUUUAUUUAUUAUGAUUUCUUGAAAAUGAUAAUUGGUGAAUAAUUGAACAUGCAUCUUCAUCUUUCAUGACCAAUAACAAAGCAACUGUCUUUUCCUUUUCUAUUGCACCAAAUUGCACCUAAACAAAUAGUAUUCCAAUAUUCAUUUUAUUGGGUCCCUAAUCCCUUUCCCCUUUCUUCUACCCUACUCUUUCUUCUUUAUCAAAACAUAUCAUACCCAUUUCACUUUCAGUUUUUGUACUUCCAAAUGUGAUCUUAUAAUUAUAAAUCUUAAAACCCAUCAUUAUUUUCUAAAGCAUUCUCUACUUCUAAAUCUCAUUUGGGUAUCUUCCCAAAAACCCACCAAAACCGUCUAACUCUUUUUUCCAUGGCUAGCUUAAAUUCCUUGUACAUUCUCUUCUUACUUCUCUCACUAUGCAUCUCCAAAUCUGGAGGAUUAGCAGCAGCAGGAAAAACAGAUAGAUUUCAUUCAUCAUCAAAUGAUAAAAGUAAACAAGAAAAGUUUGUGAGAAAAUUGGAUGAAUUAAAUAACCCAAGUCCUGUAACAAACCCAGCAAAUUUCCCACCAUUUACUCCUACACCUGCAAUUGUUACUGUUCCUGCUUCAAACCCAACCCCUGUAAACCCUUUUCCUACACCAACACCUACAACUAUAGUUCCAUCAACAACUACCCCAACUCAGCCAAUCACUAACCCUGUAAAUCCUGGUAAUACACCAGUGAUUAAUCCUGUAAAUCAGCCCACAAAUGCUCCUAUAACUCCAGGUCAAACUUGGUGUAUUGCUAAAACUGGUGCACCAGAAACUGCUCUUCAAGAUGCUUUAAAUUAUGCUUGUGGAAUUGGUGGAGCUGAUUGUUCAACAAUACAAGAAGGGGGUAGUUGUUAUAAUCCUAAUAGUCUUGAGAAUCAUGCUUCUGUUGCUUUUAAUAGCUAUUUCCAGAAGAAUCCUUCCUCUACAAGUUGUGAUUUUGGGGGCACUGCAGUGCUGGUCAACACUAAUCCUAGUACUGGUACUUGUAUUUACCCAUCAUCAGCAACAGGAUCAGGAACAUCUAUGCCUUUAUCAACCUCUCCUCCAGCCACAGGGAUCCCUUCCACAACAGUUCCAACACCAACAACAACAUCCUCAACUGGGACAAAUGGAUCACCAUAUGGGAUUCCAGCAUCUGGCAUUUAUGGAUCUCCAUCAUCAUCGACAACUCCAAGCAACCCGAGUCAACUCUUUCCAGCAAGUUACGCGCCUAAUAGCCCUCCAAAUGGGAACUCUUUUCCCUCAGGAUCAGGUGCUCUUCAACCACACAUCAGUCUCGGCAUCCUGGUAGCAUUCUUCUUCACUGGAAAACUAAUUCUGGGUACGAGUUUUUGAUUUCAAAUCAGAAGGUUAACCCAAAUAUCUACUUGUGACAAAGAACGAUAUGCUCUUGUACAGAACCAUCCGACCUUUGGGAUUGAGACGACAAAAUAUAUAGUAGAGAUCAACAUUAGUUUGCUAUAUUACUAAGGAGUAUUUAUAAGUUUGUAUUGAGAAAUCUUCAUCACAGCAUCGGUUGCCAGCGAUUUUGCCUUGGAUUAUGUGCAGUUUCUAGAGAAGAGAAUUAAAUUAUGAGAUGUUAGAUUAGGAAUAGCUAGACUCACAGCAUUCUAUGAUAUUAUAGAUGUAUAAAAAAAACGGUGAUUUUUAGAUUCAUGAGACUACAGGUAGUUAAAAGUGUUUUCUUGUGCAUUAUGAUUGCAUCAGAAGUCUUUUGAACCUGUUAAUGCUUAAAUUUCUUGCUUUGCUUAUACAAUUAUGCCUGCCCUAUUGUGUUCUCGCUUAUAAUUCGAGAUAUGACCAAAGAAACCUUGAAGAUCAGAGAAAUUAUCACGAGGUCAUCACCGAUAUAGUGGGUGUUGAUGAACAUGAGUGGUGCUUGCAAGGUAAGUUUGCCCCGUAUCUAUUUCUGUGCCAGUUUUUCGCGUGAUAAGGGGCAAACUCAAAGGAAACGAGGAAUGAAGGAGUAGUUCAUUUUGCAAUUUAAAUCUUUCAGUCUUUGAGGGAUUGCAGUGUCAACAGUAGCAAGAAAUAUAACAGGAACCACCUUUAGUUGUUUGCAAUUACCACAUUAUAGCUAUGGAAGGGGAGCCUCAGCGCAUUCGUUCAGGACUCGUGUGACUGAAAGGUCACAUAUUCAAUUCAUAAAAACAGCCAAUUGUAAAGGUCACAAGGUAAAGUUUGCCCCUAUUACACCCUUUUAGGUCCGUACUCAGGACCCUUGCUCUGAACGCUUUGAGCACCGGACUGUACUUUUAUCACAUUGUAGCUGACUAGCAACUGAUAUAUGGGGCAAAUAGCUUAAUGAACAUCACCCAAUAUCAAUCAUCCAAGGCUUUUGAGAAACCUUUGGUUGGCACAUACUAGUUUGGUAGAAAACAGUUUUUUUUUUUCAUUUUGUACCAACCUGUGUUGCCUUUCCCAUGAAGUUUCUGUUAACUUCAUGCAACUCAGCAUCAAUCCAGCACAAA